AUGAGCUUCACACGCGCCACUCGACCAUUCCACAAGGUCCUUGUUCGUUCCAUAAACCCGUCAUUGCCGCGACCGCCUUCUAGAGCCAUGCAUAUCCAGUCGCUUCCUAUGUGGACUGGGAAGGGCAAUAACUAUGCCUACCUGGUAACUGAUGAACCGACGAAGCAGUCGGUCAUUAUUGACCCUGCUAAUCCGCCAGAGGUUGUCCCAGAAUUAGAGGCCCAAACCAAGGCCGGGAAGAUCAAUCUGACGGCUAUUGUAAACACGCAUCACCACUGGGACCACUCAGGUGGCAACAACGAGGUGCUCAAGACCUUCAAAGUCCCCAUCAUUGGCGGCAAAGAAUGCCAGUCUGUCACGAGAACCCCAGCCAACGGGGAGGUCUUCAAGAUCGGAGACCGCAUCUCCGUGACGGCCCUAUACACCCCAUGCCACACGCAAGAUAGCAUUUGCUACUUCGUGCAGGACGGGAAUGACAAGGCUGUUUUUACCGGCGAUACGCUUUUCAUUGGUGGAUGUGGUCGGUUCUUCGAGGGCACAGCGCCUGAGAUGCAUAAGGCGUUGAAUGAGACGCUGGCUGCUCUUCCGGACGACACGAGGGUUUAUCCUGGACACGAGUACACCAAGGGCAACGUCAAGUUCUGCCUUGCGGUAUCGCAGUCCGAGCCCAUCAAGAAAUUGCAGGCCUUCGCGGAUGCCAACAAGCAGACCCAGGGCAAGUUCACGAUUGGCGAUGAGAAGCUUCAUAACGUCUUCAUGCGUGUCACUGACCCCGAAAUCCAGAAGAAAACAGGCAAGACAAACCCCGUCGAUGUCAUGGCCGCUCUGCGCGAGAUGAAGAAUGCAAUGUAA